UGACGUUUGUGUAUCAAAGUCCAAACUGCAGUUGAAUGAGUGGAUCAACAUGGAGCAACAGAAGAAGAUUCUGUGUGUGGGCCUGGUUUGUCUGGACAUCAUCAACGUGGUCGACAAAUACCCCGAAGAAGACACAGACAGCAGGUGUUUGUCACAGCGUUGGCAGCGAGGAGGAAACGCUUCAAACUCCUGCACAGUGCUGUCACUUCUUGGAGCUCCCUGCGCCUUCAUGGGCUCACUGUCUGCUGGACCUGUGGCCAAUUUCAUCAUGGCCGACUUUGCACAGCGUGCGGUCGAUGUGUCAGCGGUGGUCUGGCACUUCGAAGGUCAAACUCCAUGUGCAUGUUGUGUGGUUUGUCCCUCCAGCGGAUCUCGAACUGUUGUUCUCUCCGACAUGAACCUUCCUGAUGUCACAGCAGAGGAUUUUUCUAAAGUCGACCUCCAUCAGUUCAAGUGGAUCCACUGGGAGGGCCGAAAUGCUGAGGAGCAGGUGAAGAUGAUCCAGCAGGUUGUCAUGUAUAACAGCAGGUUACCACAGCAACAGAAAAUCACCGUGUCUGUGGAGAUAGAGAAGACCAGAGAGCCGCUUUAUCAGCUGUUUCCUCACGGUGACGUGGUGUUUGUCAGUAAAGACGUCGCCCGUCACUUCGGCUUCCAGUCAGCUGAAGCUGCUCUGAGAGGACUCUACAGCCGGGUCAAACAGGGGGCUGUCCUGGUCUGUGCCUGGGCAGAAAAGGGAGCGGAUGCUUUGGGUCCUGAUGGUGUCAUCGUUCAUUCAGAUGCUUUUCCUCCUGAAUCUUUGGUCGAUACUCUCGGAGCCGGAGACACUUUCAAUGCCGCCGUCAUCUACACACUGUCCAAUGGCGGAAGUUUGCAGGACGCCCUGACCUUCGGCUGCAAAGUUGCUGGCAGGAAGUGUGGUUUCCAUGGUUACGAUGACAUCGGCAAACAUUUCACCAAGUGACCAGAGAGUUAAAACCUGGUUUGUUUCAGCUCCAAACUGUGACAGACUCCGACCACUGUUGCUCCAGUCCGAUUGGUGAUUUGUUUCAGCACUCAGAUUAUAGUAAUAUAUAAAUAAUUAUUUAAAAAAGAUUUAAAUAAUUAUCAGUUUGAGAAGUUAAGCUUAACAAAAAAACUGUGACAAAUCUGUUUAUCACAUCAACAUGUGAAAGCUGUUUACAAGUGUGAACUGAUUAUCAACUGAUAAUUAGCUGAUAGUUACCUGAGUUAACUACUUCCAGUUAGCUUAGUUUACUAAUAGCAAUUGAUCAUUAACUGAUAUAUUAACUGAUAUUACUUGAUAAUUAACUAUUAACAAGCUGCUAAUUUAAUGUUGAAUGACUGUUUACUUUGUGAUGCAGUGAGUUUGAAUGAAGGCAAAUGAUUUUGCUGUUGUAUUUUUUUUUUUUUUUUACCAUAUUAGAAUA